UGCAAAUAACAAAAUGCAAAAAAUUCAGUGAUUAAAAUUAACAAACAUGCUACAUGAAAUAAAUAAAAUAGCUUACAUAAAUACCUCCUAUAGUUAACUAAAUGUGCAUCAUAUUAUAUAUUAAUUAUUAUAUAUCUUUUAACAACUAAAACGUACAGCAUCUCAUAUUUAAAACUUGGUUAAGUAAUGCACUAGAAUAGAAACAUUCACUUCAAAACAUAAAUUUUAAGAGACGAAUCGUAUGCUGGCCAGCGCCUCCUUUGUGGGGCUGCUUAUCGUGAUUGGUCUGCCGCUCUGGUGGAAGACCACAGAAGUUUACAGGGUAUCGCUACCAUACGACAAGAUCAGCGCGUUCAAUACACAAGCGCGUUUCAUCACGACUGAGCUGACUGUUCUAGCUAAUGAUGAGAAGACUGCAGCUGAUGUUGCAGAGCUAAUCGAGAAAGCAUUUAAAGAUUAUGAUGUCCUAAACCUCAAGAUAACGAGAGGCAUACUGCCUGAGAAUCUGCGAAGGAGUCUGGACUCUAUCGCAGACGAGCAAGAGGCGGUUGAGGAAGUGGGAGGUGCAUUCGACCUCACACAACAUAACAAGAUGUACGUGGUCCAACGAUCACCAUUGUUCCAGGAUGUCUGGCUUGGUACUGAGAGGGUUGUCUUCUUUAGAGAUGCCAAAGCGGCUGAUACCCUCGCGAAGGUCCUAAAGCAAUGGAUCUACGAGCCCUCAGUGCUUAAAGGUGCGAGGUCGGAGACAGCGGACUCUACGCGGCGAGUGCGCUUUCCACCUGGAGAGGGAUACCAUGUCGUGCUGUCUGUCGUACAUCCAAGGCCACAGGAUCUGAAAGUGGAACUGAACGCCAGGGAAGCGGUUGAAGAUUACAUCGGAUCGUUCGUGGACGAGCUGGACGUGCUGCACAACUUCACACUCAAGUCGCAGUGGCUGUAUCUCCUCAACUUUGACUUCCAAGCAACUGAGGUGAAGGAUGAGAGUGAGUGGGGGCGUCACUUUGCGGUGCGGGAGGAGAGGCUGCACGUGCUGCUGACCGCGCUGGAGGGGCGCGCCGCCACACACGUCUCUGACCUGCCCACACUCAACCUCGCCCUAUACAUACUGCCCUGCGCACACGCACCCUUGAUCAUAUAUGACUCCGAAAAUAAAAAAGUAUCAAGUCUAGUGCAAGCGUUCAUGUCUCCGAAAUGGGGGGGCGUGGUGUUCGGCAACCCCGCCCCCGCAGACUGCGGCCACACCUCCGCCACCACCCCCACCUGGUCGCCGCCCCUCCCCCUCAUCAUGGGCACUUUCAUAGCGCAGCUCAGAGAACUGCUCGGCAUCACGGAUAAGGCAAAUAUAUCAGGCGCUCACGUCGAGGCGCUGCGGUCAGUGAGACCGCGCCGCUGGGAGGUGGACACAUUGCUGCGUCUGCGCACUCUCGAACAGCUCGCCGCCGCGCACCACAACCUGCACUCUCUCGCGCAGCUGCUCGGUGAGAUAUCAAACAUAGUGAUAAACGACGAGGUGGGCGCGUCCAUCAACUCCGCGGUGACGUCAUCAGAGAGCGCGGGGGAGGCGGCGGCGCGCGGGGAGCUGCUCGCCGCCUACAGCACCUCCCUGCGCGCCUUCCUCGCAGCUGAGAGCGCCUUCAUGGAGCCCAGCCUCCUCGCACUGCUGUACUUCCCUGAUGAUCAGAAAUACGCGAUCUACAUCCCUCUGUUCCUGCCCAUCAUGUUCCCAGUCGUGUUAUCUCUGAAGAACUUAAUUCUCUGGCUGCGGAAGAAACCUCAAGUAGAAGCUAAAGAGAAGACUGAUUAAAACAAAUUACUUGUUAAAUUAAAUUUAACUAAUAAAGUUUAACAGUUAAUUUAAACA